AUGGCGUCUAAGGCAAUUGUCGUUAAUGAAUUAUUGUAUUUUUUAACCAAUAAUCUUGGUUUAUUAGAUAAUGAUGCUUUCGUUUACAACGUUUCUGAAUUUUAUUCUCGGAAAGAAUUUGUUUGUAGCUUAGAAUGUUUGAAAAGUGUAGUAGAAUUGUAUAAAAGCGAAAUUGAAAAUAAAAAUGAUAAAUUAAUUUUGCAUGGGACAACUGAAAAAAACAAAUUGUUGGAUUGCCUUGCCGCUCUUAAGUGUCUUGAAUCAAAUAAUUUUCUAGAAAAGUUUCCGGUUUUUGUCAGCAAGGAUUUAACAAGGGUGCACAGAUUGGAAAAUGUCAUUAAAGUGUGCAUGCCCAAUACACUUGAGUCUUGCAAAAACAAUUAUUACAGGUGGACUCCUUCAAUAAGCAAAUACUCCAGUGUACGUCGUAUCAACAAAAAUAUUAAUUCGAAUAGUAAAGCAAUAAAAACACUUACGUUUAAUAUCAAAUUACCGUGGGCAGAUAGAGACACUAAUGAUGCACAAAAUGAUGACAAUCAGACUGACGAUAACUUCACUGUCGCAAAAACCAGCGCUGCAUUCAGAAUCUUGUUCCUUGGAGCAGAUUUUGAUAAGUGCGCAUGCGGGGCAAGGGUUGAUCAACUCGGGUACCAAAGCCUUUCUUGCCGCCUAGGCCCCGGAAGACAGGCCAGACAUACAGCUAUCAAUGAAUACCUAGUUCGAUGUUUCCAAAAAGCUAGUAUUCCGGUUAUAAAUAACCUAUGGGUUUGA